AUGUACCUCAAGGGCUUGAAUGCAUCUAACAACCAAAUUCGUCACAUAGACAGGCAUGCUUUCAAAGACCUGACUGAGCUGCAGGUGCUGAAUCUCUCCCAGAACCACUUGAGCACGCUCACAGAGGGCCUGUUCGAGGGUUUGGAAAACCUCACUGAGUUUCAGUUGGGCGGCGACCACAUACAAAAGAUUGAGACCUACACCUUUUGGAACAACUUCACAAGUUUCAAAACUGAAGAUUUUUCAAAUGUUUCCUUAAGACUGAAAGUGCUCGACCUGUCUUUGAACCCUUUCAGAAACUUUAACUUUACAACAAACAUCUUUCCCUGCAUUGUCUCUUUGAAACUCUUGGAUUCAGAAGAAGGACUGGACUGGGUGGUUACAAACAAGUCUUUUCUGCAUAGUGUUAAGAAUCUAUCCCAAAUAUUUCUCACAGUGCCAAAACUAUCGAUAAUCCACUUGAAUGAAGCCCAUCUGCUGUCCCUGGAGUUCUUGGUUCAUGCAAACCUCACCAGGCUCAAAUUCCUUUCAGCCACGGGCAAUCACUUCACUGUGGUCAAUGUGGACCACAUUAAGGCCCUUCCCCUCCUCAGGCUCCUCAACUUGAAAAACAAUCCCUUCAUCUGCAGCUGUGAAAAGGCUUGGUUCCAAAACUGGUCGCUGCAGUACUCUAUCACUCAAGUUCUCAACUUCUAUUACACUACCUGCAACUACCCAGCUAACUACACAGGAUUGAAACUUGUAGAUUUCAAUCUAGACUCUUGCAAACUGGACUACGAUUUAAUAUGCUUUAUUGUGUCCUCCACCGUUGUGACUCUUACCAUGAUGGUAACUCUUACCCAGACAAUCUCAGAGGAAUGAAGUUAGAGGACUUGAGGAUAGAGUC